ACUCUCUCUCUCUCUCCCUCCUGUCCCAUUGAAAACCCAUUGCAAAAAUUAAAAUAAAGCUCACGAGCUGCCACUUUUCAGGCUUUCAAAACCUUCAAAAAAAGGCCAUCCACACACCCAAAAAAGGUCAAGAAAUUAUAUUUGUAAUAAGCCCAAAAAAACAAAGACAUAAAACAAGUUUCAGAAUUCAUAGAUCUUAGCACAAGUUGUGGUGGAGAUAUAUCCAUUUCCUUUUUACUCCCAACUCUCCCAGCAAAAAAGCACCAAAACCACAACACUUAUUCAAUUCUCUCCUCUCCAUCCCUUCCGAUUCACUAGCAUAAAAAGUAACCAGGGAAAUCCAUUCUCGUCACACCUUCAAGCAUAUAUAUAUAUAUAUACUUUGGCGAGUUUUUUUGUUUUUGUUUACUUCAUGCAGUAGAACGAAAUUGCACCAGAGAGUACAAUCCUAUUAGCUGGGAAUUUGGAAUUCAUGCUUGCUGUGUCAGCUUUGAGGAACACCAAGGAUGGGAACCAAGGAGAGAUGGAGAGCUUUUCAAUCGGAGCCAAUGACUUCCCGGACUUCUCCGAUGGGAACUUGCUCGACAGCAUCGAUUUCGACGAUCUUUUCGUGGAGAUCAACGAAGGAGACGUGUUGCCGGAUUUGGAGAUGGACCCGGAAAUCCUCGCCGACUUAUCCGUUAGCGGGGGUGAGGAAUCCGACAUGCACACAUCCAUGUCUGUCGAAAAAUUAGACGAUAAUAAUACAAGGAAAGAAGAGGAAGACAAAGUUUCCGGUUCAAGUCGAGGAGAAGAAAUUGUGAGCAAAAGAGAUGAAUCUGUUGUGGUGAAACCACCUCCAAAGGAAGCUGAUAAAGGCAGAAAAUCUUCUUCACACUCAAAGAAUUCUCAUGGAAAGCGCAAAGUGAAGGUGGAUUGGACCCCAGAGCUGCACAGGAGGUUUGUGCAAGCUGUGGAGCAGCUAGGGGUGGAUAAAGCAGUCCCUUCAAGGAUUUUAGAGCUUAUGGGAAUUGAUUGUCUCACUCGCCACAACAUAGCCAGUCACCUUCAGAAAUAUCGGUCCCAUCGGAAGCAUUUGCUGGCGCGUGAAGCUGAGGCGGCUAGCUGGAGCCAGAGAAGGCAAAUGUACGGGGCAGCUACCGGCGGUGGAGGCAAGAGAGACAUGAGUCCUUGGGUUGCACCUACAAUGGGUUUCCCACCUCCGAUAACACCCAUGCACCACUUUAGACCCUUACACGUGUGGGGUCAUCCUCACAUGGACCAAACAUUAAUGCCAAUUUGGCCUAAACAUCUACCUCAUUCGCCACCUCCACCUCCGCCACCGCAUACAUGGGUGCCUGCUCCGCCUCCGCCAGCACCAGACCCUUCAUACUGGCACCCUCACCACCAACGUGUUCCAAAUGCACUAACCCCAGGAACGCCUUGCUUUCCACAGCCAGUACUGCCGACCACGAGAUUCGCGGCGCCACCUGUUCCCGGCAUCCCACCCCAUGCCAUGUACAAAGUAGACCUCGGCAUCGGUGUCCGGACUGGACAGUCCGGCCCCCACCCUCUUCUGGACUUUCAUCCGACAAAGGAGAGCGUAGAUGCAGCUAUUGGAGAUGUAUUAUCCAAACCAUGGCUACCUCUUCCUCUUGGCCUAAAGCCUCCAUCUCUUGAUGGCGUUUUGGGAGAACUGCAACGACAAGGAAUUCGGAAAAUUCCACCCUCCCAUGCUUGAAAAGGCUCUUCUCUGACUUCGAUAGAGGCCACAAAAACCCUAAAUUCGACGACAUUUCUUGCAUUAGAACAUGCAUCUAAUUGCCAGUUUUUUUUUUCCCCUCCUUUUUCCCUUAAUCUUUGAGUUCUUCACGGAUCAGCUUAUCCAUGUGUAAGAAUAUAUAAAACUGGCCCAGCAUUUUUUUGUAAUAAUAAAUGCAGAGUUAAUCAA